AUGACUUGUAUGAGCAAAUGGAUUGAAUUGGAAAAUAGAUUGCAAAAGAAUGAAACAAUUGAUAAAGGUGUUCAAGAACAAAUCAAUAGGAAGAGAGAACAUUGGAAAAAGGUGUUACUAAGGAUAAUUGUUGUUGUGAGAACUCUUGCUAAAAAUAAUUUUGCGUUUCGUGGAGACAAUGAGAAGAUUUAUCAAGAAAGAAAUGGAAACUUUUUAAGUUUAAUUGGAAUGAUUGCUCAAUUUGAUUCGGUAAUGCAAGACCACCUUCAUCGCAUUGAAAGGAAUGAAAUUCAUUACCAUUAUCUUGAUGUUAGUCAUGAAGAACAAAUGUCUCUUGUAAUAAGAUGUGUGGAUGUUUCAACUAAUCAAGUAAAGUUGGAAGAGUUCUUUUUAGAAUUUUUAAAGGUGGAUGACACAUCGGGAUUGGGUCUUUUUAAUGUACUUAAAGAGGUAUUGUGCACACUCCAACUUGAUAUUGGUGAUAUAAGAGGGCAAGGAUAUGAUAAUGGCUCUAACAUGAAAGGGAAACACAAAGGUGUACAGAAAAGGCUACUUGAAAUAAAUCCUGGAGCAUUCUACACACCAUGUGGUUGUCUUAGUCUUAACCUUGGACUUUGUGAUGUGGCUAACUCUUGUCCCAAAGCUAUCUCUUUUUUUGGAGUGUUACAACGUAUAUAUUUAUUGUUUUCAUCUUCUACAAAGCGGUGGAAAGUUUUCAAAGAUCACGUGGAAGGUCUCACAUUGAAGCCAUUGUCACAAACAAGGUGGGAAAGUCAUGUUAAAAGUGUUAAAGCAAUAACAUAUCAAGCUCCACAAAUAAGAGAUGCUUUAAAUCAUUUGGAAAAUCUUGGUGAACCCCACAAUACAAAGAGUGAAGCUGAGUCUUUAGCAACAUAUGAAAUUGAGAACUUUGAAUUUUUGCUUGGCGUGAUUAUUUGGCACAAUUUAUUGUUUGCAGUUAACUCAGUUAGCAAAAUAUUUCAAAGGGAGGACAUGCAUAUUGAUGUUGCUAUAAUUCAGUUAAAAGGACUCAUUACCUUUCUUGAAAAGUAUAGAGAAACUGGAUUUUUGGAUGCCAUGAUUGAAGCAAAAGAAGUUGCUACUCUAAUGGAAAUUGAUCCAGUAUUUUGUGAAAAGCGUGUCAUUCGCAGAAAGAAACAAUUUGAUGAGAAUAUUAGUGAAGAGGUGACAUAG